AUGCAAUAUCUAAUCAGUUUGGCAUUUCUCUUUUUGGCGGGGCCAACACCAACAGCAUAUAGGCAAGGUCCCAAAAUCGAAACGCAGCUAGAAGUUCCUGGUAUGCGAUACCAUGUCAAGAAUGCUCCUCUUCGGGGCUGGGUUUAUGAAGAAAACCCUCUGAGAAAUGUUAAGAGCACCGUCAGUCUCCUGGCGCGGAUCACGAUUUCAAAAGUUGAAGACGAGAAGCGGCUUGUUGAGAUAUUCCGCGCAACACCGAUUGUUCAGAACGAUCCUAACUGGCGUUGCCGCACAUGGGUUGCCGACGUACUGGCUAGGAUUUCCCAGGAUGGACGAGCGGUGGGGACUGCGGAUUUGGACUGGAUGAAGAUUGAGGCAUUCGCUCGUGACUACGUCGCCAAGAAGGCCGACCAUGGCAGAUAUGGUCCGGGUACAGAUAUGUCUAAAGACAAGCCAACAUGGGACAUGAUUGAAGGGAGAGAGGCUGUGCCAUAA